AUGGAUUGGUACUACAAGAACACCCUAGUGUGGCUUCUCGUCCUGUUUUCUACUGCUGACCCAACAGUUGCAGCUUGUAAAAAAGAUGCACCAUGCAUUGCUCUACAAGAUUGCCAGGGGUUAUAUGAAAGACUGAAACAAGGGACAUCAGAGAUAUUAUUACAGCUAUUAAGACAACUGCAUUGUGGAUUUGAUGAGGAGACUCGGCCAAUGGUUUGUUGUCCACCUGAAUUUCAAAUUUCGCAAGCACAGUUACCAAGGUUCGAUCCUAUGACGUUACUACCUAAUACGAGCAUAUGUGGUAUACGGAAUAGUGACAGAAUUGUAGGCGGAACAGAGACAGACAUUGAUGAACACCCUUGGAUGGCUUUAAUUCGUUAUGACAAACCAAGAGGCAGCGGUUUUUACUGCGGUGGUGUGUUGAUAUCUUCGAGAUACGUCUUGACUGCUGCUCACUGCGUUAAAGGCGCAGAUCUGCCAAAAAAUUGGAAACUAUCUGCAGUGCGAUUAGGCGAGUGGAAUGUGUCAAGCGAGCAUGAUUGCUAUUUGGACGAAUGCAGUCCACCAGUGAUGGAUAUACCGGUGGAAGAAGCUAUCGCACAUGAAGGCUAUAAUCCAGUCGAUGGCCACCAGCAAAACGAUAUAGCUUUACUAAGACUAGAGAAGGAAGUACGGAUUUCAGAUUUCGUCAAACCCAUAUGCCUCCCUUUAAGCUCAGACGUAAGAGAUAAGACUUUUGACGAUUUUACUAUGGAAGUAGCCGGUUGGGGUAAAACAGAAACAA